CAGUUUCCUCAAUCUCACUAAGAAGUUCCGUUUGCUCUCCUCUCCAAGACGCACUCUCUCUCGCUCGACACAGUCAUCCCAUUACAGAAUAUUCUGUUUGAAAUGACGAGAAGAAAGAUAGCGAUAGAGAAAAUAGAGAACGUAGCAGCGAGGCAAGUGGCUUUCUCAAAGAGAAGGAAAGGUCUAUUCAAGAAGGCCAUGGAGCUCUCUACUCUCUGUGACGCUGAGAUUGCACUCUUCGUGUUUUCUGCUUCUGGCAAACUCUUUGAUUACUCUAGUACAAGCAUGAGGCAGGUUAUUGAAAGGAGAAACUUGUACUCGGAUGUGAACCUUGCCAAGUCAUGCCAGCCAUCCCAGGAGUUGCAGGUUGAAGGUGAAUAUUUCAAGCUAAACAAGGAACUAAGAGAUAAGACUCUUGAAGUGAGACGGCUCAAUGGAGAAGAACUACAAGACUUGUCCUUAAAAGACCUAAGAAAACUAGAAGAUUUACUCAGCAGAAGCUUGCAUCGAAUUUCAAAAGCAAAGGUUGAAGUAUUUGAGCAGGAGAUCAAUAUUCUUCAGAAAAAGGAAAUCAAAUCCAUGGAAGAAAACGAGAGAUUAGAUCAGGCCCAAUGGUUUGAGCAUGAACAAGGCCAGGCAUUGGACACUUCUCUCACAAUGAGGUUACUCUUUCCCUAAAUCAAAUUAAAGCUUUUGAAGGAAGAAGAGCAAUGCCAGAUUUUUUUUUAUGUUCAAAACAAUUUGCACUGAAAAUUAAAAUACAGUGCUUGAUUAAUUAUGAAUAAUGGCUGAUAAUGUUAUAUAUAUGUGGACAGCUCUGUUUCAACUUAAUUAGUUAUUCCAGGUCUGCAAGGCCGGUGGACAAACCAGUUUGUUUAGCUGAAUUAUGCUGUUUUGCAUUGUUCGUGAAGAAAAUAAAAG